UAAAUUUGUAUUUCGUGUUUUUCAUCUGAGUUGCACCUAUGACUACAUCUUAACAAGCAGAGGAAUACCCUGAUAUACAUCAAAUGCGUGUUUGGCGUUUCGUCAGUUGCAGGCUUUAUUUUUCCUGGUGAUUGAUGUAUAAAUUGUAAUAAGAGUAGCCAAUCAGAGAAAAUCGCCAGCAUGUCCCAUACAAAUCAUGCACGCCAUGCGACUUCAUCUGGUGACGAUUUAGGAAGUACGGACGAGGUUAAAGUUUUCAAGGAUGAAGGAGAUCGGGAAGAUGAAAAGAUUUCAUCGGAAAAUUUGUUGGAAGAAAAGUCUAGCUUGAUAGAUUUAACAGAAAGUGAGGAAAAAAGUGGAAAAAUAACAACAACAUCUGGUCAAAGUCCAGUUUUCAACAAAAUUGAACCACACACCUCUACUUAUAAUAUGGGUUACUUAGUAUCUCCUUACUCUUAUUCCAAUGGUUCCGCUGCAUCAUUACCUGUCACAAUGGCAAAUAAAAUAGGUUUGCCAUGCUUUUUAAGUCACAAUGGUGAUCACCUAAACACACCUCCACCGGCACACUGUGGCAUCCCUCCAUAUCAAAUUGAUGCAAAAUCCAUAAAUUUGGGAAGACCCGCUAUUUACCCGUUUCCCUCCAGCCAGUACCCAUAUUCUAUGAUCAGUCCAGAUAUGUCACAGGUAACGACUUGGCAUACACCUUCUGUAUACUCAGCUGCAUCCAGUUUUAGAAGUCCAUAUCCUUCUUCCCUUCCUAUCAAUUCAGCGUUGCCCAGUGACUUCACUUUUCGGUUCUCCCCUAACCUUCUACCUUCAGUGCACACGCCGCAACAUCAUAUGAUCGGUACACAUUCUACAAUUACUCCGACAGGACCGAAACAAGAUAACAGUAACGGUACGUUGGUCAACCAACGCUUUACGAAAAAUGUUGAUAGCAAGAAUUCAAAGAACACGCAUGGCCAUGAAAUCAACAAGGACAACUAUUCAGAAAAAAAGAAACCCCACAUAAAAAAGCCCUUAAAUGCCUUUAUGUUGUAUAUGAAAGAGAUGAGAUCAAAAGUUGUUGCAGAGUGCACCUUAAAAGAAUCAGCUGCAAUCAAUCAAAUACUGGGAAGACGGUGGCACGAACUAUCUAGAGAGGAACAAAGCAAAUAUUAUGAAAAAGCACGACAAGAAAGACAAUUGCAUAUGGAGUUAUACCCAGGGUGGAGUGCCAGGGAUAAUUACGGAUACGUGUCAAAAAAGAAAAAAAGAAAGAAAGAUCGUUCGCCCGCUGAUUCUGGAGCUAACAAUAUGAAAAAAUGUAGGGCUCGUUUUGGGCUUGAUCAACAAAAUCAGUGGUGUAAGCCAUGUAAGCGAAAGAAAAAGUGUAUACGCUACAUGGAGUCUAUUGGCGUGAACUAUAAUAGCGUUAAGGAGGAACAGUAUGAUUUAGACGACCUGGACGGCCAACGGAGCGACGAUGACGACAUCGAUAAUGAAAAUAUUGGUAGUUGUGAUAGUGCCGAUGAUAAUACAAAAACGUACGAUGAAGAUAAUGAGUCAUUAAAUCAAAGUAUGUCAAGUCCAAGUGGUUUCUCGAGUUUUCAGAGCCCGCCAACGAGUUUAUCAAGCCCUGCUAUUGUCCAAAAUGCAGAUACUUUAAUUUCUGUUAGUGAACAAAAUCACAAUAAUUCGAAUUUACAUUCAAUACAGACACAAAAUUUACACAUAACUUCGCAAAGUAAAAUUCAGCAGCACUUUCAACCGUCCACUUCCAUGUCUUCAUUAUGUCCGCAACAAAAUUCUGUUUACGAAAUUGCUGGUAGUACGCAGAGUUCAAUAUCGAAUUUUAUAUCAACAAUUACAUCGACAUCCCCAUCUUCAACCAAAUCAAUGUCUUCUUACAGUACUGCAACUACCUCCACAACUAUACCAGCUUCCUUAUCAGACCGUAUGAUGCGUUCUCUCCUCACAAGUAGUCCGGCGAUGUUACUUGGAAACCGUUUAAGUCAUUUAGCUAUGGGCCUUGCUAUGAAUAAUAAUUGUAGCAAUGCAAUUGGAACUGCAACUUCAAAUAUUACUAGCGAAAAAGUAUUUAAUAUAUUGGAUAAAACUGGAAGAACAGAAGUCGGCACGGCGCCAUUAACGAGUAAUAAAUGUUCAAUUACAUCGAACGCUGUACUUCAGGGAGAUUCUGAUAAAGUCGAUUCUUCAACACCUUCAGCAAUUGUUCACCCCACGAAGUCACCUCUUGUACCCACAUGUUUACCUUUACCAGCAACCAGCGUAACAGAGCAGUGUCAUUUAAUAAAUACCAAAACAAAUUCCAUAAUCGCCCCACUUCAGAGAAGUCCUGUAGGAGCUAAUCCUAGAGAUGUAAACAACCCUCUCAGCGUAAAUCAACUUACAAAGAGAUCGCACGACGAUAUUGUUCCAGAUGUAAGUAACUGUAACACAAAUAUAAAUGUAUCGCAACUACCAAAACAAGAAUGUCACAUCUUACAGUCUGGAACUAUGGGUUUUCAACAUACCCAUUCUACGCAGCAUAUCCAACCAUCCUUAACGUUACCGCCACCAUCACAUAGUGCCAUAUUUAACAAUUCGUUCUCUCAACAUUUUCAACAUAAAUUUAAUCAAAAUUUGGUAGCAACGAUUGUUGAUAGUGAAACAAAUUCUUCAGUGUCUUCAGUUGUCACUCAUACAGUCGACAAAAGUCACAACAGUAUUAAUAAUGAUAACGAUGUAAGCAGAAACCCUUCCACGGAUAGGACAACGAAUGAAAGUGGUGCCAUAAACGUAACAUAACCUCUCUUUAAAAUUAAAAUUAUUUUAGUUUCAUAUUUUGACCACGUAAGAACAAAAUUGUUUAUGUUUAAGAGUAUUACAUCCGCAAUAGUUUUAAACUAUAAUUAUAUUUUAAGUUAAGAAUUAGGCUUUAAAAUUGAAUAUGUGAAAUAUUUCCUUACAAUGGGGUAUAAAAUAAAUAUAUUAGUUUUUUAAAGUUUUAAAA